AUGAAUACAAUGGAGCAACAUUUUGUUGAUAUGGACAAACAUAGACAUAAUCCAUUUUUGUUGGUUACUAAUGCAAUCAACUCAUGCGUAGGCAUUUGUGUUUUUUACGAUGGUGGUGUAUUUUUAUUGCAUGCAUCGCCAGCCUUCGGUCUACCAGAUACAUUAAAAACAACAACAAAAGUAAAUGUACAAAAAUUUUUACAAAAUGUUGCAGCUGCUGCCUAUGAACUUAUCGUGGAUAUUGGUCGUGUUCGUGCAGUGUGUAUUGUUGGUGGAAAAAACGAACAAAAUUAUCGACAAAUGAAUACAUUUAUAAAAGAACUUCAAAAUGAAAGAAAAAACAUCAAAAUCAUCGAAAAUGAAACUUUGGGGACAAUAGUCGAGGUCAAAUUUCAUCUAACGGAUAAACAUCUUGAAGAAUUUCUUGGAGCUAUUAUCUAUUCGAAUACACAAGCAAAUAUUGGGAAUGGUUACAAAUGUCGAUCGGAUAAUACAAGUUUAUCAUCGUUAUCAGAUUGUGAUGUAAAUAGAAUAACACAUCGAUCAUUUAGUUCAUUAUUGGAUACUUCAAGUUCAGAGAAUGAAACAAGUUCAUCAUCAACAAUAAAAACAGGUAAAACAUCAGUUAGUAGUAAAAGUCAUUCAAUAAAAGCAGUGAGUCGACAAUUAUCUUCAUUAUCAGGUGAUGGUGGUGGCGGUAAAAGUAUGAAUACAAAAUCCACAAAUGAUUCUUCAGCUCGAACAUUAUCAAAAAAUAAAGAAUCAUCAUCAUUGACAAUGGCUAAACAACGACGUGAUACAUCAUCAUCAUCAACCGAUUCAACAAGUACAACAAAAACAAAAGACAAAAUUAAAUAG